UGUUCACCUCGGAUCCUUCAAAACCAAAACCUCUCGAAAAGUAUAUCCGAAUUGUUCCCACAUGAAUCGAAAGGUAUCUGGACAGCAACAAGUGUCAAAAAGCAUCUUCAAUGUCGGUAGAUCUCAACUGGGAAGCCCUCACCUCGGGUCCAGAUGGCGACGCGCUCGCCCUGAAGAUUCGCGAUUUCAUCCACGCCAAGUUUCAGACGGUGCCUCUACCGCGCUUCAUUAAAUCUGUCAAGGUACACGACUUUGAGUUUGGCGUAAUCCCGCCGCGUCUAGAGUUGAAGGAUAUUACGGAUCCCCUCCCGGACUUUUACGAGGAGAACGAGGAGUAUGAGGAGGAGGAGGAGGAGGAGGAGGAAGAAGAAGAAGAAGAAGACGAACAACCCCAACAACCACAACAACGACCGCAGCACCAUCGUCAGCGCUCUCGCCAUAGAGAUCCGGUCAGACCCUCUUUCAGGAUACAUGCCGCCCACCACACCGGCUCCUACUCUCCCAUUCGCGGACAGACCGCCGCAGGCGACUUGACGGCCUCCUCCCUGCUGGGAGUCUCAACCCCCGGCAUCCUCGGAGGCGCAUCCAAUCUCCACUACUUCCAAACCCACCUCGCCGGUCCAGCCUGGUCAGGCACGCAGACCCCACUAGCCGCCGUGGCGGGGGCACACCAUUUGGGAGGAGCCACCGGAUCCGCCAUCUGGGCCGGGGGGGGCGCAGCCGCCUCCGCCCCGUCGUCGCCGGCUCGCAGCCCCGGGACGCCGAGUCACAGCCGCCAAGCCUCGCAAAGCUCCAUCUCCCUCGGCGGCGACUUUCAUACCGGCAGCAGCAGCAGCAACUCCGGCUUAUUUCCUCCAUCGUCUCGGCAGCUGCGCGAAAAGUCGAGCGUGUCGACCCUUGCCCCGACGUCCGUGAAUACCUCCCGCCCCCCGACGAGGGAUACAGCGCACCUUGCCGCCGCGGCUGCGAAAGCCGCUUCCGCCAUCGCGGAAGAUGAAUCCGACUACGACGACGACGCAGGAAGGACGACGAAGAGGAGGAGGGGGAGGAGGAGGAGCAGCAUCAGACGAGGCAGCAGCGGAGGGCAGAAGGCGCAGCAGCAGCAGCAGCCUCCUCCUCCUCCUCCUACGACCAGGACGACAGGCACGCAGAGCGACGACCCCAACCACCCCGGCCCCGGCCCGAAGCAGAGGGAACCCCGCCCGGAAGACCUCCAGGCCGUCUUCCGCAUCCGCUACGCCGGCGACAUCCGCCUGCGCCUGACGGCCGAGAUCCUCCUCGACUACCCGAUGCCCAGCUUCGUCGGCAUCCCCGUCCAGCUGAGCGUCACGGGCUUGACCUUCGACGGCGUCGGCGUGCUGGCCCACCUCCGCCGACGGGUGCAUUUUUGCUUCCUCAGCCCCGAGGACGCCGUGGCGGCCGUGGGCGGCGGUCCGGGGGCCGAUGACGACGACGACGACGACGAUGACCAUGUUGGCGAGGACGAGGGCGGGGGCGAUGACCCCGAUCCCGCUGCUGGAGCGACGCAGCGGGGCGGUAGGGGCGGCAGAGGGGGGAGGCGGUUCGCGGGGUUGCUGCAGGAGAUUCGGGUCGAGAGCGAGAUUGGGCUGCGGGAUGGCGGCAAGCAGAGCCUGAAGAACGUGGGCAAGGUGGAGAGGUUCGUGCUGGAGCAGGUCAGGAGGAUAUUUGAGAAUGAGUUUGUCUAUCCCAGUUUCUGGACCUUUUUAGUCUAAGGCAGAGAGAGCAUAGCACAUUUUUACUACACAAUAUUCCAAUUCAC